CAGCUGCUGGAUUUAACUUCGGAGCCAACAAUAACAAUAAUAAUACUUCACAACCUUCUGGAUCUAGUUUCGGUUCUAAUAAUCCUUCGCAACCUUCUAGUUUUGGUUUCGGUUCUGGCAAUACUACACAACCUAGUUUUGGUUUUGGCACCAGUAAUAAUUCACAACCUGCUACAUCGCAGUCCCAAGAUAACGCUAGUACUAGACCAGUAUGGUCCAUUGGUUCUUCUGUGACUGCAGAUCCGUAUAAGACAACACCUGCUGCAGGAAGCGGAUUGUUUGCUGCUACAACUGCGGCGACAACUUUCGGAUUUGGCCAAGCAAAACCUACGAAUCCUUCUUUUAAUGCUUCUUCACAGCUUCAACCAUUUAGUUUUCCAAGUCAACAACAGCCAUCCACAGGCUUUACUGCACUAAGUAAAGUUUCUACAGUCUCCACGACAGCGGGCAAUCAAACAACCUCAUUCCCAACUUUUGGAUUCGGUACUAGUAGCACUUCGACGUCUUCAUUUAAUAAUCCUAAUUCUAGUUUUGUCGGAUUUAAACAACCACCUAAUUCUGAUUCCGGUAAGGCACCAGUAACAACUGCACCAGUAACAACGGCCUCUACCGGGUUUACUUUAGGAUCUGCUAAAACGGAGGCUUCAUCCGCUUUUAGCAUGUUCGGUGGCGCGAAAACUCAAUCCGCAUUUGGAUUUGGAGGUACACAAACAACCACUGCUUCGAGUAAUUUGGGAUUUGGAGCUGUGCAAUCCACCGUUUCUUCAAGUAGUUUUACAUUGUCUGGUUCAAGUCAACCUACUCAGGAUACUAACAAGAAAGAGAGCAUCGGAUUUGGCACUAAUGCUACAUCAAAGCCUCCUGGUUUUGGUAGUUUUGGUUUAGGCGCGCCAAAGACAACUCAAGGACAGAGUACACCUUCAGGAUUAUUUCCAGGGAUCGGAUUUAAUAGCAUAUCUCCUUUUGGUGCGAUCACGGCUACAACGAGUGGAUUAAACAUCUUAUCAAGGACGAAUAUUUCAUCGACUUUAUCCACUCAACCAACUCAACCGAACUUAUUUUCGUCGGCUGCUUCAACUCCUUCUGUUGGAAUCUUUAAUACGACUGCAACCACAACUGGUGCUUCGUUACUUCCUUCUACAACUU